ACUGACGAAUUGAUGUAGGCCCUAUCUGACCGUUUGAGAACCCAACUAACAACAGACCAAAACGUUAGAUGCUUUGUAAUAAACAGCUUUUAUUGUGUUCAUAAUGGCGGAAAACCUGCCUGAAGAUUCUACCGACCCUUGGAAAUAUGCCAUUCUCUUCAGUAAGUUCUUACUUUUCUUCAUCGAUGGCGGGAUCACCAAGUCGUUUGGAGUUCUUCUCCCCGAUGUCGUCGCCCGGUACAACAGCGAUUUCAAGACUGUUGCUUUGGUUUUGGGUCUCCCAAGCACCAUGAUGUUCUUCACCGCCCCAAUCACUAUAUUCUUGAUGAAGAUCAUGACUCUCACGACAAUGGCAACGAUCGGUGGUCUAUUGAGUGCAUUGCCAAUCAUCUGCGCUCCUUGGGCUCCAUCUGUCUACAUACUGGGCAUGAUGCUAGCUAUAACAGGUUUGGGCAUGGCCCUCACGUUUUUUCCGUUACUGGUAUCGAUGAACCGCUUCUUUUCCAAGUCUUUCAUCUUUGCAAACACCCUGACCCUCUUUGGGACAACGUGCGGCGCUUUUCUGGUCCCUGUCAUCAUAGAGAGAUCUCUGGAAGCAUAUGGAUACGCUGGAGGGUUUCUGAUCCUUGGCGGCAUUGCUUUCCACGCUGUGGUUUGUGGUGCCCUCGUCAGGUCGCCUCGGGAAAGGAGACGGGACAACUUCAUUUCCUCCGAUUCCGACAAUGCAGAAAGAGAUUCAUUGAUGGCAGUUCCUGUAUCAGACCAAAGUGAGAUGGAACAAACCGACAGAGGAAAUGCGUCAAUAAUCUUACAAGAGACAGUCGAAGAAUUUAAAUCCGAGGAAGAAAAUGCGAGGUCAUCGAGUGGCAACGAUUCGUGGUGCUCAUGCGAUUCAUUUUUGGCCCAUCUGAAAUCCUUCCUUUUCCUUCAUGAACCCCUAUACAUCGUCAUAGCUCCAGCAAUGGUCCUACAAUGUUUUGUGCAGGUCGGUUGGAUGCUCUUCCUUGUGCCGCACGCGGAAGGAGCGGGAAUCGACCAAUCCAAUGCCGUCUUUCUCUCAAGUAUCGCUGGCAUUAGCGGUAUAUUCGGCCGCAUCCUGUAUUUGAUUCUCCUACACCUUAAACGUGACAAUACCAUUAUCUUCUGUUUCGCUUGUGUUAUAUGCGCAAGUUCAUUUUUCUUUGACUUUGUCAGUUCGUCCUAUAUCUUCCUAGCUGGAAUGGCUUCCGUUCAAGGAUUUACAGUCUUCAUAUUUGACUGUUUACCACACGCGAUGAUGAAGAUAUCAAUUCAAAAUGAAGAGAACAUGCCUCGGGCUAUUGCAACAAAUUCAUUUAUAGUUGGGAUAGGUUUCCUAUCAGGAGCUGUGUUAUCAGGUUAUAUCUAUGACGUCACAUCCUCGUUCAGGGUAUUGUUUGUCGUGUACGGCGUACUUCUCCUCAUUAUAACAAUCAACCUUAUUAUCUUCAAGCUGAUCGUUCAACGAAAACCUCGUGAAUGAAAAAAAAAAAUGACUGCCAAAAGUGACGAAGCGUUCUGUUUCGAAAACAUUGAUAUCGCUGAAAAUUCUUGCACAGAACAAGGGUUCAACUGUCGACUAUUGCACUAAUAUGCAAAUGGGCGAAGGUGCAAAAUAUUACAAAUAUGAUAAAGAUUUUCAUCAGUUCUUCCUUUAAACACUGCAAAACUCCGGUGUUGAUUUAACACCAGCCCGGAAUCUAUAUAUGUCCACAUCAGAGAAGUAUUAAAACAACACCAGUUUGGAAUCAAACUGAUGCUGUUUUGAUUCUAAUUGGUGUUGUAUAAACACCUAUCUGGUGUUAGACCAAAACGAAACUUCUAACACUUCUCUGGUGUGGACAUAUAUAAAUUCCGGGCUGGUGUUAAAUCAAUACCAGAGUUUUUGCAGUGUAGGAUUUCAUUGAAAAUACCCGUUAUUCAUUCUAAACAUCACAACUAAAAAUGACUCUUGUUUUCAAAUAUUUUAAAAGCACUAUCAUCAUUACUAUAAAACGCGUGUGAUCUAUGACCAACUGACUGAUUCCAAUGAAAGUGUUUGGAUUUUUAGCCGUGUUUCAUGUCUGUGAGCACAAAUUAUUUGAAGCACCUAUUUAAUUGUUUUCAAAGAAAAACCACACGUGUUAAUUCAGAAUUUGAGAGUGGGGGGCAGCCAGCACCUGACGCUUAUAACAUUCUUACCUUCACUGAGCACAGCUUUACAAAAAACACUCAGCCUCCUUUAAUUUCGAGAAUGUAUUUCUUUUUGUAUUUGUAUUCAUCCAGUUUAUUGCAAAUCAUUAACAUUGUACAUUGUAAAAUUUUAUGAAAUAUAAUCAGCACAAUAUAUGAUAUUCAAACUAGUAUGGAGGUUAUUAUGAUACUAGAGGAUUGCUAAGCAACUAUGAUAUUUCAUUAGGGUGAAUCAAAUAGGGGUAAAAUGAGAAAAUUUAAAAUUUGCGAGGCUCAUGAAGAUGAAUCAAGAAAGAAAUACACCUAUUCCGAUAAUAUUUCAUACUAAUUAAAUCGAUUAUCAGGGCAUAAUUAUUUUCCUAACCAGUUAAUAGC